GCAAGUGUACUUAAGUUUCACUUCCAGCAGCAAUAAAUUGGCUGCAAGUCCUGCCUUACCUGCUAGAAGAACUGAAGACAUGGCUCCAACAAUGUUUGACAAUGGUGCAAAGCCCGGGGACCUGAUCGAGAUCUUCCGUGGGGCAUAUGAGCACUGGGCUAUCUACAUCGGUGGAAAUGAAGUUGUUCAUUUGAUUCCUCCAAGUGAUGAUGAUUCAGGCCCUUUUGGUAUCCGGUUGAUGGUACUGGACAGCAAUAAAGCAUACGUGAGGCGUCAGAAGAUCUGGGAAGUGGUCGGCUCUGAUCGUUUCCACAUCAACAACCUCCUGGAUGAUGAGUACGAGCCUCGCGAGCGUCAUGUCAUCGUGAGGGAUGCCUGUAGGAGUGUUGGGCAGUUGCUGUCAUAUUCUGUUGCCACUUACAACUGUGAGCACUUUGUUACAGAGCUACGAUACGGCAAGCCAGAGUCUCGACAGGUUAAAACAGCAGCUGUGAUUGGAGGUGUAGCUGCAGCAGGUAUAGGCAUUGCAGCUUUGGGUGCCGUUCUGUUCUCUUUGCUCAAAGAUGACGACAAAAGGAGACAUCAUAAGUGACAGCAAUGACACAGCAAGAUGAAAGGGAAGAUCUCGCUAUCGUUAUCCAUUUAUUUAGCAGUGAUUACAAUUUAAACUAAUACUAUAUAACUAUAACCCUAUUUAUACAAUUGAAAAAAGGUGUCUUUUAUUGAUGUAGUACUGUCAACACACUCAAAAGAAAUACAAUCUUGGAUAAUAUGAGGCAAUAUGCUGUGGAGAAAAAUAAAGUUUCAGGUAAAUCCACGGCUGUUGUAAUAUUAUGUUUGAUAUUGGUGCUGUGAUCCAUGUAGGUUUGUUUCGUGGCUGUUUGUUUAAUGUCUGAAAUGUAUAUAACAUGGUUAAUUUGCCACAUAAGACAAUUUGUAAGAAUAAUUGAUGUACUGUAUUAAUGUUUUUUGAUCAAUUCUUUUUUGUAUCUUUACUGUAUUAAUUUAUGUAAAAGUAAAUAGAAACCCUUCCAUUUUUA